CGCCAAAUGCGCCGCCCUAAAGUGAAGAAGGCAAUAUAAUAGUUAUACUCGUGUAAAACUACAUUAGUUACAAAACUAGGAAGCACCCGGUUUAGCUGUCUAUUCUUCAAGAUUUUACAUAUUUUACUAAAUUGAGAUACCGAAGAUGCUUUGAUUGAAUAGAACACGGACGGGCAUAGUUAAAUACACUUUUCUCAAGUUCAUCUGCGCUCAUUAGUCUAGCUUGCGGGUCUUUUAGUACCAGUCAUUUACAUUUAGUCAUUUACGGUACAGUAACGUUAGCUAUACUUUAGGUAGCUACAGGCUUCUGUCUGGGUUCUCAAUGGCUUGUGAAAGGACGUCGGAUGAACGAAUAGGAGAGUUCGUGAUAAAAAAGGUGUUUCAGGAACAGUUAAAGGAAGUCUCUUUAGAAGAAGCAGUGCCCCUUUCACUAUCAGAGACACCAGAAGUAAAGAAUGAGGAGGAGCAGAAGAUGGUUGUCCAGCUGGCAACAAUGGUCCGGAUCAUUGGUGACAAGGUCAAGGACGACCAAGAGUUGAUAGAUGCCAUAGAUGGUUUGGUGGCCUCAGGAAAAGAGUCCAACCAGAGAAACUACUGGCAGAUGGUGAAGCUGGUGUUUGAAGAUGGUCAAAUCACUUGGGAGAGGAUUGCUGUGCUGUUCUAUGUGGCAGGGAGGAUGGCUGUGAAGAUGGUGGAGGCUAAUCUCUCUCCAUUAGUGUUAGACAUCCUGAAAUGGACAGUGGAUUACUUCAGGAGCAAACUGCUGAGUUGGGUAAAACAGCAUGGAGGAUGGAUCAACAGUUUCUCAGAGCUGGCUCGUUGUCAGAUGGAGAGGAUGUCAUCCAUGACCACAAAAUCUCAUGGAUUCCUCCUCAUUUUUCUUGUGGGCAUUGCAGUGGGCAGUUUAAUCACCUGGACAGUAGAAAAAAGAACUUGAAGCACAUGCUGUAUGCACAACCCUCAUUUAUGUUACGCACUUAAAACCACAGCACAAGUAAUGUAUCUCAGGAUGAACUAUGUACAGUAAACAUGAUUUGCUGUGACCAUUGUCCAUUAACACAUGCCAUAAAUUACACCAGGGAACUCAUUUUUAAGUGAAUACAAGUGUGCUAGGCAGACCUUAUUUUCAUAAAUGUUCUAUUUGAAACAAUUGUUGUUUCUAAGCAGGUAAUGUGGCUGUGUAAGUAAUGCAUUAAUUUAUUUUCAUUGAAGGAGAUGUGAUAACCUUGAAUGCAUUUAAAAAUGAACAAUAAUUCAAUACUGUAUUUAGAAAAAGGGAGAUCAUGUGUUAUAAGUGGAGCAGUAGUAAUAUAGUAAUACUUAAAUGAAAUAAAGUUUGCAAGACAAUA